AAGUUUACCUUGUGUUUGUUUAUAGAUUUGAAAAUACAAAAAAGAAAAGAAACAACAAGUUGAUAAUACCCCUAACGAACGUGUAUGGGUAGAAGAUGAGAGGAAGGCAAAAGCUGUUAGUGGUAAGAAGAAGUGGUUAAAACUUUUGAAAUGAUAAAAAGCAGAAAGUGAAAUCAGAAGAAACCCUAAUUCCUCAUCGAACAUGCACAAUUCCAAUUUGGAUGACAGCUCCCUCCUCCGCGUCUUCUCCAAGCUUCCCAUUUCUCACCACCUCUCCACUUCGCUCGUCUGCAAGCGUUGGUUGUUUCUUCACGGCCGCUUGGUUCCAUCUCUUAAGCUCCUCGACUGGCACUUUCUCGAGUCUGGUCGCCUUUUCGCACGCUUCCCUGCUCUCACCCAAAUCGAUACCGUCCCUAGUUCAUGUCUCCGGCUCGCGCCAAACUCGGGUGUCUUGUUGUCCUUUAAACCCUCUUCCUUCUUCUCUCUUCCUAUCAGCAGCAGUACCCAUGAUGAUGAUGACUUGUCUUCCGACAGGAUUCAUCAAGGACUCCACUUGAUUGCCCAAAAGUAUCCCAAUUUGAGGAGAAUUGCUGUGUUUGGCGCGAACGAAUACGGGCUGGCCACCCUCUCCGACACGUGUCCUACAUUGCAGGAGCUGGAGCUCCAUUGUUGCGGAGAUUUGUCCUUAAAGGGCAUUUCAGGAUGUGUAAAUCUGCAGGUACUGAAGCUGACAGCAAGGAUGGAUGGGGGGUUUUUCACCACUUCCGUGGUGGUGUCCGACAUCGGGUUAACCAUUCUUGCUCAAAAUUGCAAGAGGCUAGUGAAGCUCGAACUAUGUGGUUGUGAAGGAAGUUAUGAUGGCAUCAAGGCAAUUGGGGAGUGCUGCCAAAUGCUCGAGGAUUUGACUUUUCAUGACCAUAGGAUGGAUGCCGGUUGGUUGGCUGCUCUCUCUUUCUGUGCCAAUCUCAAGACCUUCAAGCUUCGCUCUUGCAGGUCUAUCGAUUCUAAUCCCGGACUCGAUGAGCAUCUCGGAGUCUGUCCUAUGCUCCAGGAGUUGCACUUAGAACGGUGUCACCUGAGGGAUAUGAAGAGCACCAAAUCUUUGUUUCUAGUUUGUGGCAAUGUUCGGGAUAUUGUGCUCCGUAACUGCUGGGGUUUCCAAGAUGAUUUGUUUGCCUUAGCCUCACUCUGUAGGAGAGUGAAGCUACUUUAUCUCGAACAUUGCUCAUUGCUGACGACAGGAGGUCUAGAAUCAGUACUUCUUUCAUGGAAGGGUCUUCAAAGACUAAUGGUAGUCUCCUGUAGUAAGAUAAAAGACAGCGAAGUUACUCCGGAACUUGCUUCCCUCUUCUCUGUGCUGAAAGAGCUCAAAUGGAGACCCGACACGAGAUCUUUACUGUCUGCAGAUCUUGAGGGCAUCGGAAUGUGGAGAAAAGGCGGUAAAUUUUUUACCAGUUUAAAGGGUUGAAGGUCAAUCAUCACCGGAGAAGCAGGCAGUAAGAGGUUCGCAGGGGAACAGUAUUGUUACUGAACAAUGCAUGUCUUCCUUCAGCUUCCUCGUUGUAAAUGUAGCAACUCCUGUACGCCUUGAAUUUUGAAGGCAUACGGGUUAACUUGUCUUAGUGUAAUCUUUAUACUACUGUUGAUAGAAACUUUAAAAGAAUACGAGGCACAUCAAGAGAAUAAAACAUAUCCCUCCUUGGGAUUUUUAGUUC